AUAAGAAAUCUAUUUUCAUCUUUUGACCCCAGUACACCUUCUCCAUUAUGAACAAACUGAAUUUCUUUAAUAUUAAUUUUACUAUUUAUACCAAAUAAAUUCUGAAUAUCAGAAUCUCGAAAUUCUAUAACUAAAUUAAUUUUAAAAAAUUUCAUUUUAAAAGAAAUAAGUUUCAUUUAUUUUAAUAAGCAAUUUAUAUUAAAUUUACAAACAAUUUUUAUCUUUAUCUUAACCAUCAACUUAAUAGGAAUCUCUCCAUAUACAUUUACCCCUACUAGACACCUUUCAGUAUCAAUUGCAAUUGGAUUACCCAUUUGAAUUUCUUUAAUGACAUAUAGAUGAUUGAACUUCACCAACCUAAUAUUUAGACAUCUUUUACCUAUAAGAACCCCCCCCACAAUAGCCCCAUUUAUAAUUAUAGUUGAAUCAAUUAGAAAUCUAAUUCGACCAAUUUCAUUAAGUGUACGACUUUCUGCUAAUAUAAUUGCAGGUCAUCUAUUAAUAACUCUUUUAGGUAAUAUCAAUGAAAUAAAAACUAUCAUACUAAUUGGAUUAAUACAAUUUUUUUUAAUAUUAUUUGAAAUUUCAGUUGCCCUUAUUCAAGCUUAUGUAUUUUCUAUUUUAAUAACUAUAUAUUCUUCAGAAGUUCCAU